GUGUCAGGAUCCAUCUAACUUCAGACCCAUCUAAAGCUUCAUUCAUCCUCUGAAUAGCUUGUGUGGUAUAGCAGAACCUCUUGCCAAAAUGAGCCUAUCAGCUAAGGAAAAAGUCAUCGUCAAAGACUUCUUUGCGAAGGUCUCCAGCAGGUCGGAUGAGAUCGGCGCCGAGGCUCUCGCCAGGCUGAUCGUGGUGUACCCCCAGACCAAGUCUUACUUCGCUCACUGGAAGGACCUGAGCCCCAACGGCGCUCCGGUUAGGAAGCACGGCAUCACGGUCAUGGGUGGCGUGUACGAGGCCGUGAGCAAGAUCGAUGACCUGGCUGGUGGUCUCCUGACCCUGAGCGAGCUGCACGCCUUCAUGCUUAGAGUUGACCCUGUCAACUUCAAGAUUCUGUCCCACUGCAUCCUGGUGGUCUUGUCCAUGAUGUUCGCGGAGGAGUUCACCCCUCAGAUCCAUGUUGCCGUGGACAAGUUCCUGGCCCUGCUGGCCCUGGCUCUGGCUGAGAAGUACCGCUAAAGGACCAAUCAGCACCAACACACACCAACACGCCAGCACUCACACCUGCUGUGGUCCUCAGUGUGGAAAUAAAUGGUCUUCUUUAUUGAGAAAUAAAAAGUUACAUCAAAAUGUAAUAAUUAUAUCCUUAA